AAACUAUGCAGAAAUGUUCUCAUUUUCUUCAGUGGACUAAUUCAUUCAUUCAUUUUAUACUGGAGUAUAUAUAGAAGAACAGUUGUUGUUGUUGUUAUAUCGUGUGACUAGAGCACACACAUCUCAAAACAUUUAUUUGAAAUAUGUUUGGUGAAACGCUGUACUGCUUUUUAAAAUGUCCCUUCCAUAAAUAUGUAUUCACAGUAUUCAUAGUUUCACGGACAAUAUUGCAAAUAUUGUUUUUUCUCUUCGUAUGAUAACCUUUACUGGUGUUCAAUAGACUUUACAGAGACGAAUUAUUUGACUACAGGAUAACUUAAUGUAGUUCAACAGAUCUGACUCAGAGUGCCGCUGUUGGUCAACGUGUAGGAUUGUGAUUACAUGAAUUCCGCCCCUCCCUUUAUCAUCUCAGCAUAUGAGACAGAAAAAUAAUCUUACAAACAUCUCCGUGUAGCAGGGAACAGCCAGGGCACUAUACGGUCGAGGAUGUGGAUGUUUUACUCUUUAAUUGUGGCUAUACAAACGACGAAAAACACGUUGUGUUUGCAUUAAAAGGGCGAGCAAGCCAAAGGAAUACCCUUAUUUCACGGAUUUUACUGUGUACCUCUGACAAAGAGAAAAUGUCGGGCAACACCGUCGUGUGGCAAGUAUUGUUGUUCUCUUUGCUCCUCUUCUUCUGUUCGGUGCACGGGCAGGUCAGUUAUUCUAUUCCCGAGGAGAUGUCGAAAGGUUCUUUGGUCGGUAACAUAGCGCAGGAUUUGGGUUUAGAUUUGAAAAGACUGAAAUCCGGCAAAGCACGUAUUUAUACGGAGGACAGUACUGAAUACAUCGAGCUGAAUAAAGACAGAGGGGUCCUGCUUAUCAAGGAGAGGAUAGAUCGAGAGACGUUGUGCGGGCAGAGGACGCCAUGCGCCCUGCAUUUUCAGAUUAUUCUGGAAAAUCCCAUGGAAUUAUAUAGCAUUAAUGUUGAAAUCACGGACAUAAACGACAAUCCCCCGAGCUUCGAAAAGACUGACAUGAAAUUUAAAAUCAGUGAAUCGGCAGUUAUUGGGGCUAAAUUUGUGUUAGAGAGGGCAAAUGAUGCUGAUGUUGGCGUGAAUGGUCUUCAGAGUUAUUCUUUGAAUACAAAUGAUAAUUUUGUACUUAAAUUGAAAAACCAGCCAGAUGGUAGAACAUUUGUCGAAAUGGUUUUACAGAAGCCAUUGGACCGGGAAAAGCAAGAUACUCUAUCUUUGGUUUUAGCUGCUGUAGAUGGGGGAGACCCACAGUUAUCUAGUACUGCACAGAUUCACAUCACUGUCUUAGAUAUAAAUGAUAAUGCGCCUGUUUUUACGCAGCCGAUUUAUAAGGCAAGUGUCGAAGAGAAUGUUCCAAAGGGCACAGUUUUAACAACAGUCAGUGCUUCAGACGCAGACCAAGGCUCUAACGGAGACAUCGUAUAUUCCAUAUCAAAUAUUAUGGAUGAAACACGCGACAUGUUUGAAAUAGAUGAGAAAAGUGGAGUGUUGAAGUUGAAAGGAACCGUUGAUUAUGAAAAAGCACAACAUUACGAAAUAGAUGUGCAAGCUAGUGAUGAAGGGGGUCUAACUGAUUCGUGUAAAGUACAGAUCGAUGUUUUAGACACUAAUGAUAACGCGCCCACAAUCAAUAUAUUAUCAAUGUCAAAUGUUAUUGCUGAAGAUUCGAAGCCUGGAGUUGUAGUUGGCAUGUUUAAAGUGCAGGACCCCGAUUCUGGAGAUGACGGUCGAGUUGAGUGCUUAACCAAGGAUAAUUUACCGUUUACUCUAAAAACGACAACAAAUGGGUUUUACAGUCUCGUUACAGAUGAUGAUUUAGACAGAGAAAUGAAUUCAGUGUAUAAUAUCACAGUGAUGUGCAAUGAUGCAGGUUUGCCAUCGCUCUCCAGCAGCAUCAGUCUCUCGUUACGACUAUCAGACGUCAAUGAUAACGCGCCCGUGUUUGAAAAGAGCUCGUAUGAGGCCUCAGUUGUAGAAAACAACACACCGGGGAUCUCUAUUUUCAGGCUAUUAGCUAAAGACGCAGACUGGAAUCAGAAUGCCCGAGUGUCUUAUAUGUUGGAGGAAUCCUCAGUUAAUGGAGUCUCCGUCUCCUCUUAUGUGUCUGUCAAUGCUGAGAGCGGUGUCAUUCAUUCUGUGCGCUCGUUUGAUUAUGAGCAACUUAAAUAUUUCCAUUUCCACGUAAAAGCGCAGGAUGGUGGUUCUCCCCCACUGAGUAGCAAUGUCAGCGUGGUCAUAACUAUUCAAGACCAGAACGACAACGCACCGCAGAUUCUUUAUCCAGUACAGACCAGUGGUUCCUUCGUUGCUGAAAUUGUGCCUCGGUCAGCAGAUGUGGGCUACCUUGUCUCUAAAGUAGUUGCUGUUGAUGUGGACUCGGGGCAGAAUGCCUGGCUCUCAUAUAAACUACAGAAAGCAACAGACAGAGCGCUAUUUGAAGUGGGCACACAGAAUGGAGAAAUAAGGACUAUUCGCCAAGUCACAGAUAAAGAUGCAGUGAAGCAAAAGCUCACUGUUGUAGUGGAGGACAACGGACAGCCCUCUCGCUCUGCUACAGUCAAUGUGAAUGUGGCGUUGGCUGACAGCUUUCCAGAAGUACUCUCAGAGUUCAGUGACUUUACGCACGAUAAGGAGUACAAUGACAACCUGACUUUUUAUCUCGUCUUGGCCCUGGCUGUAGUUUCUUUUCUCUUCAUCGUAUCCAUAAUAGCCAUACUGUCAGUAAAAUGUUUUAGAUGGAGACGUGACCGGAUGUUUUAUAAAUCCAACGGAAAUCUACCGGUUAUUCCGUAUUACCCACCCCUUUACGCAGACGUGGGGGGUACAGGAACUCUGCAACAUGUGUACAACUACGAGCAUUACAGGACAACAGACUCCAGAAAGAGUGAUCUGAAGUAUGUCAGACCUUGCAAUCAAAGCAUCAUCAGUCUGGAUAACACUGAAAUACAGACUCUACCGCAUGUGCACAACGAGAAAUUGAUUGACGACACUGACGAUCAGGUGAGCGUUUAGGGGUGA